GGCAGCUCUUCUUGGUGGGAGGAGUUUCGUGCUUCGCCCGGUGGGAGGGCGGCUAAGAGCCUCCUCCCUGUGGAGCCGGGCGUCCGAGGGGGCCGGUGGCGGCGGGGAUCAGAUUAUCGCGGAGCUCGUUCGCUCAGGUGUCCUCCGCCGGCUGACAGCACCAAACACCCCUGGUUCGUGUCUUGAGCCCAUCAUCACUUUCCGGAGAGCAGGAAGAGACGGGCAGGCAGGAUUGCCUCCAUCCCUUCCUCGAUCGAGGGUGGCGGGGUCUCAGGCAAACGCCCUUCCGCCCAAGGGUACACUUUGGGCACAGUUGAGGCAUAUGCACUCCAUAUAACGUAUAAAAAUCCUUGAUUCAGUGAGAGGACGUCAAAGCACUGUUCACAGGAACAGCAAUAGAAUGACAGAACAGUCUACCUGACUCUAUAUUAUAGGACCACAGGAAGGAGCUCAAAAUGGCUCACUAUAAGAACUUUGCUGAUCAUUUCCUUGAAGAGUGGUGCCUUCAGGAGCUACCACCUGGCUGUAAGAAACACCGGAGUGUUAGGAAAAAAAAGAGACUGAUACGAAUAACAGGACUUUUUCUAGGUAUUAUGGCUGUGAGCACACUCUCUCUUUCCAUUAGUGCCUUUUUCCAGUUGGAACCUUAUAGCACAGAGACAGACGGUAAUCGAGGUAGCCAAAAGACUACAGAUGUACAUCAAAGAACUCUGUUAGACUUUAAGGAGCAGACUCAAAAUGAUACGCCUGAUUCACCUAUUUCUAUGAAAUCUGAAGCUGGACAGGAGAAUAACACAGAAGAACACAAAGGGGAAUAUCCAGAAGAUCUUUUUUCUUUAGAAGAGAGAAGAAGAGGUGCUGUAAUCUUUCAUAUUUUUGGAAUGAUUUAUAUGUUCAUAGCCUUAGCCAUUGUCUGUGAUGAGUUCUUUGUCCCAUCAUUGACAGUCAUCACAGAAAAACUAAAAAUUUCUGACGAUGUGGCAGGGGCAACCUUCAUGGCUGCAGGUGGCUCAGCCCCAGAACUUUUCACUUCUUUAAUAGGAGUCUUUAUAUCUCACAGCAAUGUUGGUAUUGGAACAAUAGUAGGAUCUGCAGUAUUCAAUAUCCUGUUUGUGAUUGGGAUGUGUGCUUUGUUUUCCAAAGAAAUUUUGCACCUUACUUGGUGGCCACUCUUUCGGGAUGUGAGUUUUUACAUCAUGGACUUGAUAUUGCUAAUAAUCUUCUUUCUGGAUAACUUUAUUAUGUGGUGGGAAAGUUUAACGCUGUUGGCUGCUUAUAUGGUUUAUGUGACCUUCAUGAAAUUCAAUGUGCAAGUAGAAGAAUUGGUGAAAAGCAUGUUAAACAAGAACAAAGUGGAGAAAGUAUCACCAGAACCUGAAGUAAAGUCUAAUGCUGGAGAUGAACAGACACUCAUGACUAAGCCACGGCUCCAGCGUGGUGGGAGUUCUGCAUCUCUUCACAACAGCCUAAUGAGGAACAGCAUUUUCCAGCUUAUGAUUCACACCCUUGACCCACUUGCUGAAGAGCUUGGAUCAUAUGGAAAACUAAAAUACUAUUAUGACACAAUGACUAAAGAAGGGAAAUUCAAAGAAAGGGCAUCAAUUCUUCAUAAGAUGGCCAAAAAAUGCCAGGUAGAAGAUAGUGAAAAAAGGAAUGGAACUGCUAAUCAUGCUGAAAAAAUUGAAGUUGCUGUCACACCACCAAAUGAUGGACCAGUGCAAAAUGGAACUGCUGUUGGUGCUUCUGAGGAGGAGGAAGAUGAAGAUCAGCCACUUAGCCUAGCCUGGCCUGACACCCCACGCAAACAGCUUACCUAUCUGUUCAUCUUCCCCAUUGUUUUUCCUUUGUGGCUUACCUUGCCUGAUGUCAGGAAUCUAUCAUCAAAGAAGUUUUUCCCCUUCACAUUCUUUGGAUCAAUCUCUUGGAUAGCAGCAUUUUCUUAUCUAAUGGUCUGGUGGGCCCAUCAGGUUGGAGAAACCAUUGGCAUCAGUGAAGAAAUCAUGGGCUUGACCAUCUUGGCUGCUGGCACAUCUAUCCCUGACCUAAUUACCAGUGUUAUAGUAGCACGGAAAGGGCUGGGGGACAUGGCAGUGUCCAGCUCUGUAGGAAGUAACAUAUUUGACAUUACCGUGGGCCUCCCUCUCCCAUGGCUCCUUUUUGCGGCAGUCAACAACCUUGCUCCAGUGGCAGUGAGCAGCAACGGGCUGUUCUGCGCGAUUGUCCUCCUGUUUAUCAUGCUGCUCUUUGUCAUCCUUUCCAUUGCGGCCUGCAAGUGGAGGAUGAACAAACUCCUGGGCUUCACCAUGUUUGGGCUCUACUUUGUUUUCCUGGUUGUCAGCGUCCUUCUCGAAGACAGGGUCAUUGUUUGUCCCGUGUCCAUCUAGUAAGGAUGCUGUUUCCUCACAGCAAGCUGAGAACUAAGAACCUCUCGUGCAACCUGAGAUAAGCAGCGUCUUUCGUCCCCUUUAAUUUGAAACAGUGGAAAAAAGAGGGGCUGAAGGCAGAAGUGGACAGGCUCAGCUGUUACAUGUAAUGCUGAUGAAAAAUGACCAGGUGUGGAAAGGGAGGCUGGCUGCUUCGGAAUUUGCUGCUGGCAGUGUUCUUCUGCUUAUCCACAGGAGGUAUUGUGCAUGUGUUGUUUAAUAAUGUUCGGCUCAUUAUAAAUGCUACACAUAGGACCUGCUUCUACAUUCCUCUCUCUCUCUCUCUCUCUUUCUCUCUCUCUCUCUCCAUGUACAUAUUAAGAUACUCAUGCCAUUCAUUAGCCACCCAGAGUAGACUUUGGUCUAGAUGGGCGGGGUAUAAAUUUGAUAAAUAAAUAAAUAAAAUAAAUUCAAAGAGAGAGCAAUAUCUAUAAAUAUACAGAACAAUGUUACUCUCUAUGCUUUCGGAGACACAGCUCUAUGGUUUGGGUGUUUCUCUGUUCAUGGACACUGGUGGAAGGGGUCUUCUAGUGCCAUUAGCAUGAACAGCAUGACAAACCUUGGAAAAUUAGUCUUCUAACUGUGGAUAAACUGGUAUUCAGAAGCACCUGGCACCCCAUGUGAGCUCUCAUGCUUUCAGGUAUGAUAAAUGAACAGAGUACAACACAGUGUAUCAGUGCCCCAGAAUAUGAGAAAAACAAAUGAAGUAGUAAAAACCUAUGGGGUCCAGUGGUGUUUUUCAAACUACCUGCAAUUCAGGUGCUCCCAUAUCCUGUAUUUUCACAGUGUAGAUCUGCUCAGGAUGCAUGCACAUGGGUGCAUGAUGACAAGUGAUUCUGUGCCUAUGUGAAAGAACUGUUAGAGAUCAGAUACCUCCCAGAGAGGUUUCAUUCUACCUUGUGUAUCUAUUGUCAAGAGGGAAGCAGUUUGAACAUUCAGCAUCUUGUUGGUGAGGAGUAAUCAAGGGAUGUCCAUGCACCUGUGACCCAGCUACAUAGUCCAAUAAAGGUACUGCUUGACUUGUACUAGCUUCCUAUAAAAUUCUCUGCAUUUUGACUCAUCUACAUUGCCCUAUAUAGAACGGCCAUAACUUAGAAGCACAUCCAAUAUACAGUACUUACAGGUAAAACCCACACUAAAGGUUCAAAGUCUCUUAUGCCAUCAUCUUGGGAUCUGUGCAGAAAGUACAGCUACUGUGUUAAUAAACUCUUUUUACUCAUGCAGCAAUGCUAUAAGGAUAUUAAGUCAUUUCAAUAGUAUUUCCAUUAGUGCAUUCACCUUACAUAUGACAGAGGCUGGAGUAGCUUUUGUGUAGCUUUUGAAAUAGUAUAUAAGAAGCACAACAUGAACAGGAUAUGAGAAGAAGUGGGCAUGUUCUGUACAGUAGUUCCUUUUCUGGAUUGCAGCAUUGAAAAGCUUCAGAGAUGUGUAUUUUCCUUGUCCACAAAAUCUUUGGGAAGGUAGAACAUUUCAGUAAAAGGGGUUAUUUGGAAUUAAAAGCGAGACCCAAGCAAAGACCUCCUGCAAUUGAAAUGUUAAAAGUAGAACUCAUUGGCUGAAGGACAAAGAUGCAGUGAAAGGGGUAUCUCCAGUAUCAAAGGAAAAUCCUCAGAAGAAGUUUUGUAUUUGGUACGAUUCAGCAUCUAAUUUAACAGCUGAAAACAACAAACUGUCUUUCUUUGACAAUAAGCAGUACUUGUAUUUUCUAUCUGAUUAAAUAGGCAAUGCUAUUUCUCUGAAUGACUUAUUACAAAUGUUCUUAAUGUAUUGUCAGCCUUGCACAAUGAAAAUUUGAUACCUCAGAUUGUAUAAUGGAAAGUUUGGUGAAUUUUAUGAAUGGCUCUGACAUUGUUGCAGAGUUUUCUUCUUUGCUUCAUGCUUGCACUUUUAUUCUAUACAAUAUGCAUUAAAUGUUGUGUGUAUGUCUGUGCUGCACAGACAUAUUAUAGAAUAGCAGCCUUAAAUACUAUCCAUGUUACUAAAGCAAUGUCCAUGUUAAAAUAAAUGGGUGAGAAUGAGGAUAUGUA